CUUUGUUUUGGUUCAAUGAAAAGUCAGUCGAUCGGCGAAAAAGGCUUAAGAAUAAGAUCUCAAACAUUGAUCGUAUUAACAGUCCAUUUUGGAGUGUUUAUUCUCGACUUCUUGGGGUAAAAGUGAUAUAUUCUAGUGCGUAGAUCACUUCUGCAAACAUGACGAAGCCUGUUGGUCGGCAGAACGAUGAGGAUUCAUCGGAAGAUGAUGGCGCAAAAAAGCCAAAAACAUCAACGACCUCCGGAAAAAUCCGGAAAGUGGGCGGCAAGCGAGGGCGCAAGCCCUCCAAGAUAGAUCAGAAGGCCAAGCUGGAACGCAGCCGGCAGAGCGCGAGGGACUGCCGGGCCCGGAAGAAACAAAAAUACCAGCUGCUGGAGGAGAUGGUGGCUGGCAAGGAGCGAGAUAUUUGCGCUCUUAGAGAAGAACUAGAUAUGUACAAGCAGUGGUGUAAGAAGAUCGACCAGGGCACUAUUCCGCCAGAGAUCUAUGACACACUGCAGACUGGCGAAGUGGCGAAGCCAAACGAUCCCAUCAAAGAGGAGCCAUGUUGAGGUCAAAGGUCGGCAACCCGACACUCUUAAUAGACUGAAGAGGGAGCCCUUUGGAAGAAAACUGGAUAGCCCUAGGAGUUGUUGAACUACGGUCAUGUGGAUGCAAAGCCAGCAGUUGUAUUUUGUAAAUACGGUAGUCAUGGUAAUAUAUGCUGUUUAUAUUACGAGUUGAAUUAAACGUUGUUGCAUGUACAAGUUAAGACAUUUCUGUACAAAAGUGACAAAAAUGGGCAAUUGUCAAAAAUUAGAGUUUGGAAGAUUUAGAGGAUGUAGCAUUACAUUUUUAUGACAAAAUUCGGUGCGGUUUUUGCCACUUGGAAAUUUCCUUUAAAAAUUA